GUGAAAGGGGAUUCCCUGAGUACGUCACUGGCCGGAGUGGAGGGGCGGGGUUCGGUCCCCCUCGGUGGGGCCCCAGCUCCGCGCAGCCGGGGCGCCCUCGAGGGCAGUCUUCGCUUUACCUCCCCCUGUGUUUCUUGGGGCCUACCUGGGCCUCGCGCCUGUCGCUGGAAGGCGGAAACGGUUGCAGGGUCUCGCCCCUUGCGAAGGGGUCUGUUUAAUCCUCGCCGCCAUGUCCGGGGGCUUCGAGCUGCAGCCGCAGGACGGCGGCCCCCGGGUGGCCCUGGCGCCCGGGGAGACGGUCAUCGGCCGCGGGCCGCUGCUGGGAAUAACAGAUAAGAGAGUGUCCAGAAGACAUGCCAUUCUUGAAGUGGUGGGUGGUAAGCUUCGAAUCAAACCGCUACACACAAAUCCAUGUUUUUAUCAGUCUUCUGAGAAGAGCCAGCUCUUACCAUUGAAGACAAAUAUGUGGUGCUGGUUGAAUCCUGGAGAUCGUUUUUCUUUCUUAGUUGACAAAUACAUUUUCUGUGUCUUGUCUACACAUUCUGAAAUGGAAAUGGAGUGUACUUUAAGAAAUAGUCAAAUGCUUGAUGAAGAUGAUAUAUUGAAUGAAACACCAAAAUCUUCCUCAGUUGAUUUGCCUGUUAAAACACCCAGUGCCCCACAACUGGGAAGAAGCAUAGAAACAGCAGAGACCCAGACCACUGUAAAUAAUGUGUCUUUCAUAGGUGAAAGUAGAGACUUGAGUCAGCAACAGCCAAAUCCUUCCCAGAGGAAAAGAAUCCUCCCAGCAUGGAUGUUGACAGAAAAUUCAAGUGAUCAGAACCUUUCAGUCAUCAGUGAAGAUAAUAACGUAACCCGGGAAAGUGAAAAAGAAAGAGUCUGCAAAGAAAAAACCCAAGUAAACAUAACACAGCAAGGAAAAAAGCGAUUAAUUUCAUCAGGAAGUUCAGAAAGUACAUCAGCAGAGCAAGACACAGGAAAAAAGUGCAAAAAUGAUGAUCAGGAAGAGUCUAUCAUUUCAUCCAAGGAAAUGCCACAGUCAUUUUCUGCAGCCACAUUACAUAACACAGAGGUAAAUAACGCUAAUACUAAUCCACAGAGAAGCAAAAUCCCAGUGGAGGCACUUGGUAAGGUUUCUGAACAUAAGAUCAUCACUAAGGGAAGUUCAAAUAAAGACAGCGUGGUGAGAAGUUGUUCUGAGAGUUGUUCCAGUACCCAGAGCAAGUCUUUCUGUGACGAGCCUCAAAAAUCUCAACCUGAAUCCAGCUCUAAUCCGCCCAGUCCUGAAUGUGUGCAGAAGGCAACCGAUCCAGUUUCACAUGGUUCUGAAGAAAACAAGGUCCAGAGAACGUCCUGCAUGUAUGGGGCAAACUGCUACAGGAAAAAUCCUGUCCAUUUUCAACAUUUCAGUCACCCUGGUGAUAGUGAUUAUGGAGGUGUAAACAUCACGUGUCAAGAUGAAGCUGAUGACCGGCCUGAAUGUCCUUAUGGAGCAUCUUGUUAUAGGAAGAAUCCCCAGCACAAGAUAGAAUAUAGACAUAGUACAUUUCCAGUGAGAAGCAUUUCAGAUGAAGAUGACAGUGUUGGGCAACCCAAUGAGUACAACCUGAAUGACAGCUUUAUAGAUGAUGAGGAAGAAGGAUACGAGCCAACAGACGAAGAUUCCGACUGGGAACCAGAAAAGGAAGACCUAGAGAAGGAAGAUAUGGAAGGGCUUUUGAAAGAAGCAAGAAAGUUUAUGAAAAGAAAAAAGUAACUCCUCUGCAGAAAUAUACGGCUCAUAUUUUACUGUUUCUUUAUGGAAAAAUAAUUCAGGAAGCACUUAAGGGACAAUUGUUUUUCUGCUUUUUAUGGUUACAACUUUAGUAUUGACUCUUCACAAAUGAAACAUUCAAAUGUCACCCUUCAGUGUAGUGGAUGAAAUUUGUUCUGUUGCUUUGCUUUUUCUAUGUUAUUUCAAACAUCUGGAAAUAAUCAGCAGACAGAGUUAAAAAGAAAUAAUUGAUAUUUUUCAUGUACUUUAUAAUAAAAAGUAAACAUCAUCGAUUGCAAAACACAGGUCUUUUUUUCUUUUUUCCAAAGAUUCUAUCUUUAUGUAGAAUACUAUACAAGUAUAACCAGGCAGAUUACGUAACUGGUGGGAAAGCAUGCUUCUUUCAUUCCUGUUGAAGUAAUUCUUAAAGCAGAACCAGACUUUAAAAAAUACCAGCCAUCAUAUAAUGGCUAUUAUUUUUUCUAAUGUCCUAGAUGUGAGCUUUGCAAUUUCAUUGACUACUUUCAUUCUUUGAAACUUGGGGAAAUUAGUACAAAAUGGAUACUGAAAAUAGAUUCAACUAGACUACAGAAAUGUCCGCCAUGCAGGGAAUGUUAUUUUGUGUCCCAAGUCUGUAAUUUACUAUAUGUCUGAGUUUAAAAGUAGAAAACCUGAAAGAAUUUGACCAUUUCUUUUUCAAACAAGUCCUGCCUGAUGCUUUUAACUCUCAAUAUGCUAUUCUUAAAUUAAGAAUAUAGGAAUUAUUUUUAACCAUAAUUUUCUCAAAUUAUAUUAGUUCUUUUAUCCUCAGAUGAGAGUAUCAAGUUGUCUGCCAGCAUUCAAGAUUCUGGCCUUUUGUUUCAAGUAGAAACCCCUUCUUCUCCAGUUUUAUAUAGUAUAAUAUUUCUGCAUCUCUGUUCUGAACUCCUUUAGGCUAUGUAAUACUCUUCAUUUUAUGUGACUUAGAAUCUUUGAAAUAUAGUUUAGAAUCUUUAAUUUGGGUUUGUACAAACAGCAGUAAAUAUAGCUUUGAAAUUGUAAAUCAUAAACCAAAACUUCCUCGUUAAGCACUAAUAUUUUAUAUUCUAAGAGGACCUAAAAAUGUAUGUCUUAAAAGAGCAGGACAGAUUUGUAAUUGUUUUCUUAGUGUUUUUAAGUUUAUUUUAAAAUAAUUGCAUAAUAUUAAAAUUUACUUAUAUUACA